GCUGGCAAACGUCAGAUUGAAAGCGAUCGAAGGAACUAAGAAAAAACGAAUUUAUUAUGGCAGCCUCGCCGCAGGUGAAGUCUCUGACGCGCAAAUUGGUGCCCCUUUUGAACAGGGUGCUGAUCAAAAAGCCGGACCCCGUCAAGCAAUCGAAAGGGGGCAUCUUGAUCCCCGAGACCAAGACCCAGUCGAAGUAUAACAAAGGCGUGGUGGUGGCAGUGGGCCCGGGGAAGUACUCCUCCAAAGGAAAGGUGAUACCGAUGAACGUUUAUCCGGGAGAUGAAGUUAUUUUGGAGGAUAUAGGCGGUAUCUCCGUGGAUUUGGACGAAGGAACGCAUUAUAUCUACAAGGAUACUGCUAUAUUGGCGAAAAUUAACAAAAAUGUCCAAGCUUGAGUGUAUUCUAUUGACAAUAUAUUAAU